GAAAGUGUGAAAACGAGAAUAACUGCACUACAGCUUUAAAAGUUUGGCAAUUUGGUCGAUUUAUAGUUGAAAUCUACAAUGAUUGAGUAAACACGUGCCUCUGUAUAGCACAACCGACCAAAAAAACACCCAAGAAAUUUUGGUCUUUUUUCAACUUUGUAGCUCACCAACCAUUAUCCACGUGUUGAUAUCUCUUUAACUCCAAACAAAUUUGGAAAGUUUUCUUUCUUUAUUAAUAAAGACCCUGAUGCUUUAUCCUAAUUGAAGCUCAAUUUCACUAUAACCAACUUCAUGCUUAAUGGUCCAUAUGGCCUCAAGUUGUUUGAUGUACUAUGCUUUUGCCUUAAUGCUCUUGCUGUUUCUAGCAGAGUUUUGUCGCUACAUUGAGUCAGUUAGUGGGGUUGUUUUGGGUUCAAGAUUGUUAGCUAAAGAGAACCAAGCAUGGUUUUCUGAGAAUAAAACAUUUGCAUUUGGCUUCACUCCAACAACAGAAUCACAUGAUCAAUAUCUAUUGUCUAUUUGGUUUGCACAACUUCCUGGAGAAAGAACAUUGGUUUGGUCCCCUAGCAUGUAUAUAUUACUUUUUGGCCAACCCUUUCAUUUUGUGUCCAUCAUCUGAUCAUAGAAACUCUCCGAUCACAAAAGACGCGGUCGUGGAGUUCGACAACUCUGGAAAUCUCCUGUUGAUGGACAGAGGUAACACUUUAUGGGCAUCAAACACCUCGGAAGCUGGCGUUGAAACAGCUGUCAUGUCCGAAAAUGGCAACUUUGUUCUCUUCAGCGACAACCUAAGCGUUGUGUGGCAGAGCUUUUCGCAUCCAUCAGAUACUCUAUUACCUGGCCAACCUUUAACGGCAUCACUAGAAUUGAUAUCAUCAAAAUCACCUGCGCUUGGAGGUUAUUACACGUUAAAAAUGCUGCAGCAGCCUACAUCACUUAAUCUUGGCUUGACUUACAAUGUGCCUGAGUCCUUUGAUAUGUCACCUGAACUUUACAGCAAUUAUUCUUACUGGAGGGGACCUGAUAUAUCUAAUGUGACAGGAGAUGUUGUUGCAGUAUUGGAUCAAGCUGGAAGCUUUGGUAUUGUAUAUGGCUCGUCUUCGGAUGGAGCAGUUUAUGUGUACAAAAAUGAUGGUGAUUAUGGAGGGUUAUUCUCAGCUGUGAAUCAAUCCAAUCGGAAUAGACCAUCUGUUUUAAGACGGUUAAUUCUUGAGGCUAAUGGAAAUCUACGUUUGUAUCGAUGGGACAACGAUGUAAAUGGAUCAAAACAAUGGGUUGCAGAGUGGGCAGCUGUGUCCAGUCCAUGUAACAUUGCUGGAAUUUGUGGCAAUGGGAUAUGUAAUUUAGAAAGAAGUAAAACGAAUGCAUCUUGCACGUGCUUGCCAGGCACUUCUAAGGUGGGAAAUGAUAUUUCUUGUUCUGGAAAUUCUUCAUUGACAGGAAAAUGUGGACCUCAUCAUGAAAACUUAACUUCCCAGUUCAAGAUUUCUACAGUUCAACAGACGACUUACUAUUUCUCAGGAUCAUCUGUAAUAGCAAAUUACAGUGAUAUAGAGUCAGUGUCCAAAUGUGGGAAUGCUUGUUUAUCAAAUUGCAAUUGUGUGGCUUCUGUCUACGGUCUCAAUGAGGAAAAGCCUUACUGUUGGGUCCUAAGAAGCUUGGAAUUUGGUGGAUUCGAGGAUCCUGGCUCAACUUUAUUCGUAAAGGUUGACGCCAACGGCUCAUUUGGUGUGGGUGGUGACAAUCAAACUGGGGAUUCAUCAGAUGAAUCACUGAGUACACACGAGAAGGUAUUGAUACUUCCUAUAGUCCUAAGCAUGACUGUUCUGAUCGCGCUGCUCGGCUGUCUGUUGUAUAUUAAUAUCCAUAGGAAAAGAUCCUUAAAGAGAGCCCUUGAUGGCUCUUUGAUCUUAUCAGGAGCUCCUAUUAGCUUCAGCUAUCGUGACUUGCAACACCGGACAAACAAUUUUUCCCAGUUACUUGGAACAGGUGGAUUUGGCAGCGUAUACAAGGGAAGCCUAGUGGAUGGAACAUUGAUAGCAGUAAAGAAGCUUGACAAAGUUUUACCUCAUGGGGAGAGGGAAUUCAUAACAGAGGUCAAUACUAUUGGCUCUAUGCAUCAUAUGAACUUGGUUCGUCUAUGUGGAUACUGUUCUGAGGGAACACGAAGGCUACUAGUGUAUGAGUUUAUGAAAAAUGGCUCAUUGGACAAGUGGAUAUUCCAUUCAUAUAGUAACAGAGAUAGACUGCUAAUUUGGCCUACACGUUUUCGCAUAGCCAUUGGUACUGCACAAGGAAUAGCCUAUUUUCAUGAGCAGUGCAGGAACAGGAUCAUACAUUGUGACAUCAAGCCAGAGAACAUACUUUUGGAUGAGGAUUUCUGUCCUAAAGUUUCUGAUUUUGGACUAGCUAAAUUGAUGGGGAGAGAGCACUCCCACGUUGUCACGAUGGUCAGAGGAACUAGAGGUUAUUUAGCCCCCGAGUGGGUCAGCAACCGACCCAUAACUGUAAAAGCAGAUGUUUACAGCUACGGAAUGCUGCUACUAGAAAUCAUUGGUGGCCGGAGAAAUCUUGACAUGACUUGUGAUGCUGAGGACUUCUUUUACCCUGGAUGGGCUUACAAGGAAAUGACUGAAGGAACGCCAGAAAAAGUCGUAGAUAGAAGACUGGAAGGAGCAAUCGAAAAAGAGGAGCUAAUAAGAGCUUUGAUGGUUGCCUUUUGGUGUAUUCAGGAUGAGGUUUCAACAAGGCCUACCAUGGGGGAAGUGGUGAAGAUGUUAGAAGGAUCAGUUGACAUUGAGAUGCCCCCAAUGCCACAAACAGUUUUAGAGCUAAUAGAAGAAGGCUUAGAUCACGUUUACAAGUCUAUGAAAAGGGAGCUCAAUCAGUUCAGUUCCUUCACUAUUACUACUCAUCCAUCAUCUAAUGCUACAUGCAGUUACUCCACUAUGUCACCUAGAUAGUUAAAAGGUGGAAUAGAUCAUUAGGAAGUUAUGUUAGGAUUAUGCAACUGUAAACCCAUUAAUGCUCCAAAUAACAUUUGAAGAGCUGGCAAAAUUGGAUUAGCAUAGUAUAUUAUUUUACUUUUAGCCAUAUCUCAGCUAAGAUUAAAACAUUAAAUUGUGUUUUUCAAACAAAACAUGCAUAUGCAGAAACAUCCCAAAGAGGUUUUGUGUGAGCAGUUUUGAGUGCAUUGUUUUUACCAAACAUGGAGAACACAGAGGUUUUGCUUGACAUCAGUUUUCAUGUCAAACACUUGGUCGCAUCGAAUAAUAUACACACAUUAUAUAUU